AGUACCUCCUUCUGGCUCCUCUCUUUUAGCAUGUUUGUUGUGUUUGCUGCGGCGGCUUCUUGUCUGAAAUUGUCUCACAUUUGUCCAACAUUUGUCCCACACGGAGGCCAUGAAGCGCGGCGUCGGCUGCUUGGACGGGAGCCUUGACGCCUUUCUUCCUCUCUCCUGUGUGACAACCGACACUUACUUAGCUUACUUAGCUUACUUAGCUUCCUUAGCUUCCUUAGCUUCAUUAGCUUAGCUCGCCAGGCCGGCGCUCAAGUGGCCAACUUGCUGUUAAAUUACUGCACUUGUCCAACAUCCAACUAAACAACAACAGCGAGAAGAAUCUAAUCUGCUUUUAAGACGAACAGAAGUGCAGUGAUGGAGGACUUCAGCUCCAUCAGCCUGCUGUCUGUGGCCAUGCUGGUGGGCUGCUACGUAGCUGGAACCAUUCCUCUGGCAGUCAACUUCUCAGAGGAGAAGCUGAAGCUGGUCACGGUGUUGGGAGCAGGACUUCUGUGCGGCACUGCCCUGGCCGUCAUCAUCCCUGAAGGCGUUCACGUUCUGUAUGAGGAGAUCCUGCAAGACGGGCACCACAUUCCCAGCCAGGAGGGGGUGCUGGAGGUGUCGGAGCCAAAGGUCAAGGCGGAGGCGGUGCUGAGCGUGGACAACCACCAUCACGAGCACGGCCAUGAGCAGCUGCACGCCUGCAUCGGCGUCUCUCUGGUGCUGGGCUUUGUCUUCAUGCUGCUAGUGGACCAAAUAGGCUCCUCCCACAUGCACAGCGCUGAAGAUCCUGAGGCAGCAAGAGUCGCCUCCUCCAAGAUUACAACCACUUUGGGUCUUGUUGUGCACGCUGCAGCUGACGGUGUGGCCCUCGGAGCCGCCGCCUCCACCUCCCAAACUAGCGUCCAGCUCAUCGUCUUUGUUGCCAUCAUGCUACACAAGGCACCCGCUGCCUUUGGCUUGGUCUCCUUCCUGAUGCACGCCGGGCUGGAGAGGAACCGCAUCCGCAAGCACCUGCUGGUGUUUGCCCUGGCCGCGCCCGUCCUGGCCAUGCUCACCUUUGUCGGCCUCAGUCAGAGCAGCAAAGAAGCCUUGUCCGACAUCAACGCCACGGGCGUGGCCAUGCUCUUCUCGGCCGGCACCUUCCUGUACGUGGCCACCGUCCACGUCCUCCCUGAGGUAGGCGGCGGGGGCCACAGCCACGCGGCGGCGGGGGGGAAUGGAGGCAAAGGACUGAGUAAGGUGGAAGUGGGAGCGCUGGUGCUGGGCUGCCUGAUCCCGCUGCUGCUCUCAGUGGGUCACCAUCAUUAGACCCAGACAGGAAGUGCCAGCAGAGACAGUCCUCAUGUCUUUUUUAAACAUAAUGUACAGUUAGCAACAUGUCGAGUGACUUGAAGUGCCAUAUUGGAUAGUUGACAGUCACUCCUGGUGGGACCUCGUCAUUGGUCGAACUCGCUUCGACGCGAUACAUCCACUUCCUGUUUCUCUUUGGAAGUUUGCACAGACUCAAGAUUUUUUUUUUUUUUUUUUUUUUUUAAAGGUUGUUUAAACUCGCAAAGUUUUGGGACCACAUAGUAGUCAGGAGGAGGGGCUAGUCAUGUGGCCACCUCCUGGACAUCUUAUGUCUAUUUUAGUUGAUGGCUUUUUUUUCUUUUGUUUUUUCAAAUGUUUUAAUACUUGAUUUACUUUAAUUUCAUUUUUUUUAUCCCCCCCAAUAAAGGGAACUUUGUCAUAUUUAAGUAGGACAGGUCACUUCCUGUCGCCAUGUGACAUCAAAUUGAUUGACGUCAUCUGAUAAUGUUUAAAACCUCAGUUCCACUCAGAUUAGCUUAACUCUGUAUCUGUAAAAAAAAAAAAGAAACUUCUCUCACAUUAAAUAUAAAAACAAAA